AUGGCGAGUAUUGUGUUUCCCUGCUACUCCACCACUACUUGGCCGCCACAGCUGAUCAGAGCUCAAGAGAGACAUGAAGAACGACGACGACGUCGUCAAAAGCCAUUCGUAUCAUCAUCAGCGUCACGAUCACGCCGCUGGGUGGUCAACAAUCAGAAAGCUUGCACCUUCACUUACAAUGUUUCUGAUAACGUCCCUCUCCAUCACUUUCCUGGUGCUCCUGCGAGUUGGUUUGAAGAGUAUAUGGAGGACACGGGUAGAAUAGUGGGAGCUAUCAUUCCAGAAAGAUCAAGUGCUGUGCGGUUGAAUCAGGAAGAGUGGAGAGUAAAAAUGCCAGUGAUGGAAGCCAUAUUUACAAGGAUACAACCAGUGAUAGACUUCAGGGUGACAGCCAAAUCAAAUGGACAAGAUUACCCUCCUCAUGUUCCUCCUUCGACUCCCAAGCUCGUCGAAGUUCACACUACCAAAUGGAAGCUCCAAGGUCUGCAUUCGGAUUACAUGCCACCUUUCUUCGACCUCGAAGCUUACGGAACCCUGUACCCUGAAGCAUUACGUGGAACACCUCCAAGCUGCGUUAUUAAGAAUCAUUUGAACGUUAAUGCCACCAUUGUUUUUCCUCAACUUCUCUCUUGGGUGCCUCAACAUGUCCUGGACAGCAUCAUGCUUUCGAUUAUCAGGACAAUCGUGGAGGAUAUCAGGAAAGGAUGCACGGUCAGAUUGUUGGCAGAUUAUAGGUCAUUCCAGACAAGCAAGUUCAAGAACUUGGAUUAG